ACAAACCUUGCCUUUGGACAGGUGAUUCGUGGGGAUGCGAACGAUGCGAACAGCUCAUCAAAUCAAGCAGAUAAAAGCAUGGAGAACUAAUCAAAGUGAUUAAUAAAACAUAAAUAGGCAAGGGGAACAGUCUUGAAUUCCAUGGCUGACGAAGACAUCAAAGCCCUUCAAGAGGAGGAACGCGAAGUACUUGAGUCCAUUUACGAAGGAGACGACCAGUUUAAGGCGCUUUCAGCCACGCAGUUCCAGUAUAAAUAUGGCCAAGAUGGACAGGGCAAAGCCUUCAUCUUGGACCUCACUUGGACGGACCAAUACCCCAAUGAAAUGCCCCAGAUUGACAUGGACACCUUCUACAACAAACAUCUCCUAGCCGACGUGAAAGAAUCCGUCCUCACUGCCGUCAAAUCCGAAGCUGAGGCCAUGUUGGGCAUGUCCAUGACGUACUCGUUGUUUGAGCAUGUCAAAGAACAUAUAGAGGAACUCUUGGCCAAUCAGCCCGAUGUCAUUCAAGUUGUGACGGAAGCCAUGAGCAAGGUCAAAACCACUGACGACGAUUCGGCAGAAGUGUCGUCCAAAACGGAAAAGAAGAAGGAACAGUUCACCAAGGCCCAAAAGCGUCGGAUGUGGGACAAGGGUGGCUUGGAAAGCGAGGAACGACCUCGAGGUUGGAAUUGGUUCGACGUCAUCCGGCAUUUGUCUCAGACGGGGGGCUCCAAAGAUGAGUGAAUCCUGCCCAAACAUAUGUUAUGUACCGGAUUCUUUAUUUGCGAGAUAACAAAAUAAACAUAGGAAAGGGUCA